CUUGCAAAUUAAUUUUGGCGUUGCAAGAUAAAACUUGAAAAUGGCUGUACUCAACGAUUUCAGAAAGAAGUUUAUUCUUCAAUGUAUAGAAAACUUCUUUGAUAUCUCCAACAAAGAAGACUUAUUCCUUGAUAAUAAUGCUCUAGAAAAAUUUUUGAAUGACCAAUUUUGCCUCAUAUUUUGUGUCCGACGUGUUCCUGAAGCGAGUAUUGAUGGUCAUCGAAUCACGUUUUCGAACGAGGUCUCCUGCAAACACACCGACCAACUGAUCGUAUUUGUCAAAAACAGAGCAGAAGAGCUCACUGCAGAUAAUUUGCACACUUUGAUAAGCACUACCACCAUCGGAGGUGGAGCAGUGUCAUCAUUUCUGCACAGCAUUCAAAACAUUUACAUACCCGCAAUACUGCAAGGAAAUGACGGGCAGAAAAAAGUGAGUUCAAAAAUAAAGGAAGCGCUGGUGCAGCUUGAGACAAACUUGAAAGGUGAAAUUCAAGCAAUCGAGGCUAUAGCUGGAGUUGAAACUGUUGCAGAUGAAAUCGCUUUUUGGAAAAAUGUGCCAAAGUCUGCAAAUAUUUUAAAAAUAUUAGUCCCGUUUGAAAAAGAGACAAACUUAUUGCGCACUUCUGCAUCUUUGACGGACGUAGAGGACAUGCUUGACGCGGCGCAUGACGUCAUGGACGAGCUGUGGAAUGAGGAAAGUCCUGCUUUCCCUCAAAGUAGAAUGGAAAAUUUGCUUCAAAUAGUUGCGAACGGCGUGGUAAAAUAUUUGCAAAACCACUUGACACAAAUUCAAGUGUGGCGCAACCCUUUUGAGAAGGUCACUCCAACUUUAAUUCAGGCAAUUUCCGCUUCUAAAAGAUGGAUUGAAUCUUGCAAUAAAUUGACAUCGUUUUUCUGGCAAAACCAUACCAACCACAGAUGGACAGGGCAGCCUUUGACACCUCAUUUACUCUCAAAAUUCGUUGCCAGAUUAGACGAGAUUAAUGCAAUUAGAUCAGUUCAUCACCAUCUUAAAUGUUUUCUGCCGGACGAUGAAAAUAUACAUGUCAAGAAUGAGGACGCUUUCAUAAUGUUCCAUGGAGUUGAUGCAUUUCACUGCAACACUUUUGUUGACGAAAAGUGGAAAAAUGCCGUAGCCCAGUUUGAGCAAACUGUAUCCUCGUUAGAAGAACGCGUUGCUGUCAAAUUAAAAAUGCUUCUCACACAACAAGGCUCUCACGCGAUGCAGUCGAUCCACACAAUGAAGAAUAUGGAGGAAUUAUUUUCGCGGCCUUACAUUUUGCAACUCCUCACAAGCCAAAGAGAGUCUCUUUUGGCGGAACUAAAUAGAUCAAUUGAAGAUACGAACAAAGAAACAAGAAUUCAACAGUCGCAUCUUGUGAAUAGCAAUGCUGUAGAAGUCAUUAAGUGGAUAAAGCAAAAUGAAGCCAUUAUUCUGGACAUUCAAACGGCCAGCAAAAAGUUUUUUCCAGAUUUAUCUGGUUUUAAAAACUUGGAGUCGGAAGUUGAAAAUUUGCUGAAAUCUUUAAGGGAGCUCAACGCAAACGCUUUUAACAUGUGGUCACGGACUAAACUGGCAGCUCUCUCAAACGCAACCCUUGGUUUUAACGCUGACAAACCAGUGGUGCAGUUCGACAAAGUUACCAAACUGAUGGUGGUUACAUACAAUCCAGAUCUAGAUAAUCUCAUUCGAGAAUCAAGACAGCUGACAGUUCUGGGUCACGUUAUUCCCGACCAAAUUAAAAAGGCAGCAGAGCAAGCAAGAAAGUUCAUGCGCCAAGCGAAAAACUUAGAUAAGAUUUGCAACUUCCACAACACAAUCGGAGACCAAAUGAUCCCGAGUCAGCGACCAAUGAUGCUUGAGGCGGCUUUUGCUCUUUCUCAGCUUGUCCAAAAAGAGACGCAAGUCACUUGGGUCAAUCCAGUCGCUGUUGACGAGUAUAUUGACAAGCUGCAAACUGCAGUUGAAAAGCUGUCGACCCAAAAUACACUUCUUUCCGGAUUCCAUUCUGUUAUUAAGAACAAAGUCAUGUACUUGAUGACAGUCAACUUGUUGAAAAAUCAGGGCCAAUGGAAAGGCGCGAUCAGGGAGAUAAAAGAGAUUUUUAAGCAGGUGGAAGCAAAGAAUUUCUCCAAUAUGAAGGCGUGGAAACUUCACUGGGACCACCAAAUUUACAAAGCGCUCGAGUUUCAGUACAAACUAUGCGUAGAGUCACUUAGUGAACACAUUCAAGAAAUUCGAGUUGAACUAGUUUACAGGCAGCAAAAGUUGCAAUUUCAACCUCCCUUUGAAGAAAUACGACUGAUUUAUUACAACCAAUUAAAAAAGCUCAUGUCGAUUCCCGUGCAGUUCAAAGGAAUUGAUGGUACCGACAACACUUUAUUCAUCGGAAUAGUUGAAAGGAAUGGAAACUUACUCAAACCUUUAUAUGAGCGGGCGGAGGAAUUAUUUGCUAAACUUAAAGCAGUGGUGACAAAGUUUGAGCGAUGGGUUGCUCUUGGAAGUGUUGACCUGCACCAAAUGGCAGAGCAAAAUUUGCUGAUGGCGGACGAUUGGGACAAAAACUUCAAAAGCUCAAAAGCCUGGGCACAAGAAAUUGGAAGAUUUACAAAUUUGGAGGAGAAAAUUGAGUGCUUUGCCGUCAGCAUAUUGCCUGUGCGUGCCGAGGCAGAAAUGCAUAACAGACGCUACUGGGACAUUUUGACAACUACAUUGAGGGAUGCUAUAAAUAAUGACGCACUCAAAAUUCAAUCCUUUGCCAUGGAUGGAAUUAAUGUUCUUCGGCAGCAGCCAGCCACUGCUGGUGAGCUUAGCAGGGCCACAGUUCAGUACUCAGAGUUGUUGAAUAAAACACCUGACAUGGUAAAAGCGUAUGAUGAAGCAAGAAAGAAAAACAGAAUUUUGGCAAAUUGGACAAGAGAAAAAAUUAACACUUUGGACGAAGUGUCCUCGGUUUGGCAAAGUUUCCAGCUUGUGCUUGGAAACAGGGAAUCUGUUAUGGAGGAGCAGAUAAACAAUAUAAAAAUACAACUGAAUGAGAGGCUUAAAGAACUUUCAGAGGACACGGAAAAGUUCUGGGAGCGUUGGAAAUUGUCAAGACCAAAUGACAGUAAAAUUGGAGGCUCUGUUUUGUUGAAAGAAACAUUUGAUAAUAUAGCCGCAAAAAGAAAAGAGUGGAUUUAUCUGAAGGAAAAAAGAGACGAACUCAAAGCCGAGUUGGACGCGUUUGGUCUUUCAGAUAGCGAUGUUCCUGAUUGGGCUGAAAUUGAGAGCGACGUCCAAUCUCAUGAAACAACGUGGAGUCUUUUAAGCGAAUUUCAAAAUGGCAUUGAAAAAUUUAGCGAAGAGGAGUGGAUUGUAUUUAAAAACAGGACAAACAAAUUUGAUGAAUUUUUAUUAGAGUGGGAGCAAAAAAUUGACGAGCAAAUUUCUACUGGGCACUCCAUGCCACUCAUAUCACACAUUCACAAAGAAAUCAAAACUUACAUGGAUAUGGCACCUGGACUAAGAUUAUUGAAGGGCGAUAUGUUCAGUGAAAAGCAAUGGGCAACCAUGCUCGAAUUAAUUGGUAUUCGCUACCAAUCAAUAGAAAUUAUAAAGUUCAGGGAGUUUUUACUGGCCAAGGAACAAAUUAUACUAAACAUGGAACAAAUCAAGAGUUUGAUUGCUCAAGCCGCGAGUGAAAUCGUAAUCAGACAAGCACUGAGUGAGCUCAAUACUUGGGAGAUUGAGGCGAAAUUUACAUUUUUUGAGCACACUGAUUCUCAAGGCAAAAUGCUUUUGUUGGUCCAAGAUUUUAAAGAGAUUCUCAGCAAGGUUGGAGAUAACCAAUGUCUGCUACAAUCGAUCAAAAGUUCACCAAACUUUGAGAGCUUCAAGGACCAGUCGACCUUAUGGGAAAAUAGACUAUCCACCUUGGACGAGUGUUUGCGUAAUCUCUCUCAAAUCCAGAGAAAGUGGCUUUAUUUGGAGCCAAUUUUCGGCGCAGGGACGUUAGCAAGCGACAAAGCGAGGUUUCACAGAGUAGACGUCGAUUUUCGGAACAUCGCAGUGGAAAUUUCAAGGGAGAAAAAAGUAAUCUCACUUUGCCGGCGGGCUGGUUUGCCGAGGCUGCUCAGCAGCUUAAUCGACCAGCUCGAGAGAUGUCAAAAAAGUUUAAACGACUUCUUAGAAGAAAAAAGAUCAGCAUUUCCGCGCUUUUAUUUCAUUGGUGAUGACGACUUGCUGGAAAUCUUGGGCCAAUCCACAAAGGAAAAAGUCAUACAAGCGCAUCUAAAAAAGCUCUUUUCCGGCAUUCACAAUGUGGAUUUUGCUGAGGAUAAAAAGAGCAUAGUUGCUUUGAGGUCGUUGCAAGGUGAAGUGGUCCCUCUCAAAAGAGGGGUGCAUUUGCAGGAAAAUGUUGAACGUUGGUUGAGUCAGCUAGGAGAUGAAAUGAAAAAUACGCUUCAAGAGCUGCUGUUAAAAUGUAAUGAAGAGAGCAAAAGAUCUGAAUCCGGCCCAAACAUUUCAAAUUAUCCGUCGCAAAUACUUUGCUUGUCAGAAGAAAUACUUUUCACGCAUCAAUGUGAAUCCGCUAUUUCAAACAACAGACUUAGCAGCUUUAGAAAAUCUUUGAAAUCUAGAUUAGAAGGAUUGACGAGUUUUGUGACGAAGAGUGAUGCUGAGUAUUCAAAAGUACUGAUUUUAAAGAUCAGAGCUUUGAUUAUGGUUCUCAUCCAUAACAUCGCUGUUGUUGAUUAUUUAAUUAACGCAAACAGCGGUGUCUCGAUUGACUCAUGGGAAUGGCAAAAACAACUAAGAUAUUAUCAAAACUCCGAUGGAUCGACCACUGUAAAAAUGGUAGACGCGGAGUUCAAAUACACGUUUGAAUACUUGGGCAACGCACCUUUAUUGGUUCACACGCCGCUUACAGAUAAAUGUUACCUCACAUUAACACAGGCGAUGCACAUGGGCCUCGGAGGAAAUCCAGUUGGCCCAGCGGGGACUGGAAAAACGGAAUCGGUUAAAGCACUUGGCGGACUUAUAGGGAGACAAGUUUUAGUUUUUAACUGCGAUGAGGGAAUUGAUAUGAAAUCAAUGGCACGCAUUUUUGUCGGCCUGGUGAAAUGCGGUGCUUGGGGUUGUUUUGACGAAUUCAACCGAUUAGAAGAGGCAACCCUAUCAGCAAUUUCAAUGCAAAUUCAGUCUAUUCAAAGUGCACUGAAAACAAAACAAAACUCAGUAACAUUGAUGGGAGAAGCAGUCAGCCUUGAUAGAAAUGCUGGGAUAUUUGUAACAAUGAAUCCCGUGGGCAAAAGCUACAAGGGUCGCCAACGUCUGCCAGAUAAUCUGAAGCAAUUAUUCAGACCUGUCGUCAUGGCCCAGCCAGACAGCGAAUUAAUUGCCGAAGUGUUGCUUUACGCGGAAGGUUUUCAGCACGCCGCUGAGAUAGGAAAAAAACUUGUGGAAGUGUUUAAUUUGUCAAGUCGCUUGCUCAGUCAACAGCAACACUACGAUUGGGGUCUACGUGCUUUGAAAACAGUCUUGCACGGUUGUGGAUCUGCUCUGAAAGAAGCUAAAAAUUUAAAUGACGACGAAAGAGAUGCAAAAAGCGAAUCCGAGCUUGCCGUCCGAGCGCUGAGAUUAAAUACGCUCUCCAAACUGACAAGUGCGGACAGUACACAUUUUGACGCCCUCGUCAAAGAUGUGUUUCCAAGUGUCAGUUUAAUCGAAAUGCAAAACGAGAAACUGGUUGGGGCGCUCAAAAAGAGUUAUGAGCAACUGCAUUUGGUGGAAAAUUCAAAACAGAUUAAGAAAUGCUUGGAAUUGUAUGAACAGCUUCUGCAAAGAAUGGGCGUAGUUAUUGUAGGUCCAUCUGGCUCGGGGAAAACAACAGUUUGCUGCCUCUUGAGUCAUGCACUCAGUCAGCUGGGUCAAAUUGUUCGGCAACACACUAUAAACCCAAAGGCAAUGUCACGCGCUCAACUAUUGGGGUAUGUUGACCCCGAUACAAGACAGUGGCACGAUGGAGUUUUAACAAUCAGUGCUCAGCAAGUGUAUAAUGAGCCAUUGGAAAUAACGUCGUGGAUUGUUUGUGACGGUGACGUUGAUCCUGAAUGGGUCGAGUCUCUGAACUCAGUUUUGGAUGACAACCGACUGCUGACUUUACCCUCAGGCUGGAGAAUUCAGUUUGGGCCAAACGUCAAUUUUUUAUUUGAAACACACGAUUUGAGUCAUGCUUCGCCAGCCACUAUAUCGCGAAUGGGCAUGAUUUUGAUGAGCGAGGACGACGUUGAUAUGAAACACUUAAUGGCUGUAUGGAAAAAGCAAAAUCAAAUUGUAGACGAAAUGUUAUCAGAUUGGCUUGAUGAAUACUUUUUUAAAGCUGUUAAAUGGAUUCUCUCAAAUGGUGAAUUUGCCAUUCCUUGGCCAAAAAUUGGCCUUGUGCGGACAGGCCUGUCACAAAUGUUCAACGUGAAGAGCAAAGGGCAGUUUACGUGUGCGCUAAUCAAAGGACUCGGCUCAAAUUUAACAGAAGCAAGCAGACAAGCUUUUGCGACCAAAGUUUUUGAGUGGACAGGAGAAAUUUUGGCCGAUCCAAGUCGGGUUUUGCUGAGUUAUUAUAAUGAAUUGCAAGACUGCAUUGAUACUCAUUACUCUGAAGAUUUCGUUAAAGAUCAUCAAGAAAAAACGGUGAUAACAGCCUACGGGAAAACAAUUCUUGACCAUUUGAAUGCUUGGUUUGAAGAAGACCAUAAAAAAUCAUUUCUGCUUGUCGGCCCGCCAGGUUGCGGAAAAAAUGCUCUAAUGCAAUAUUACUUUUCACAAAUGCGGUCAAUUGACGUAGCAGAGAUACACUGCAGUGCGCAAAUCACGCCGCAACAUGUUUUGCAAAAGUUGAAACAGGUUACAAUAACAACAUCAAGUAUAAGUGGAAGAGUUAUUAGACCAAAAAAUGCUGAGCAUCUCGUUCUCUACUUCCGAGAUUUGAAUUUAGCAAAGCCAGACGAUUGGGGCACAAACAUGCUCAUCUCGUUCCUCCAACAAGUGCAGUCGUAUCGAGGGUUCUUUGACGAAAAUCUUGAAUGGGUAGGAGUUGAAGGAAUACAAAUCGUUGGAACGCUUUCAAAUGGAAAUUCUUCAAAAUCGUUCAAUUUGUCGCCGAGGUUUAUGUCACUUGUUGCGGUUUUGGCAAUGAGAUACGCAGAUAAUCAAGACUUGCAGCAUAUUUAUGGCAGCCUUCUGACCCAGAGUUUAAGUGAAACUCUACCAGAAUUAAAUUUGUGGCAAUCCUCUGGGAAGUUAAAUACACUGAUUGACACAAUGAUCAACAUCUACACAGAAAUCUCAACAACUUUUACAUCGAUGCAACAAAGCCAUUAUUUGAUAACUCCGUAUUUCCUCACAAAAUGGUGUUUAAAUUUGAGCAGAUACUCCUUUGCAAGCGGAGCAGAGCUUGUUGACUCUGUAUUGCUGGCCAUGGUCCAUGAAGUCAUGCGGAUAUUCGGUGACAUGCUUACAAACAAAGAGGACAAGGAAAAAUUGGAGCUUUUGACAAAAAACGUCAUAGAAGAGAAAUGGAACAAAUCAUCAUCAGCAAUAAUGGAAAAAAUUAAAAAUAAUUUCUUUGUAACUCUCGGAGGAUCAAAAAAAGGAAAAUGUGAUCAAACUUCUAAGCAACUGGGGCGCCUCAGCCACUCUGAUUGGAGUGCGGUGGUUGACAAGUAUUUGAACCAAUAUGCGAAAGAAGAGCAAGGAGUAGAAAUAGUAAUCACGCAAGACUUUUUACAAAGUGUCGCGAGGAUUGAUCGAGUUUUAAGCUCCUCUCGUGGGUCGUUGCUGCUGUGUGGAAAAACGGGGUCUGGUCGGAAAACUGCCGUCCGACUAGUGUCCCUAAUUCAUGGCUCAAAAUUUGUUACUCUGAACGUAACAACCGAUUAUUCCGUCAAAAGCAUUAAAAAAGAAUUAAAGACGGCCAUUCACUGCGCUGCAUUGGAAGGGGAGCAAGUAAAUUUGCUUAUCGAAGACUACCAACUCAAGGAGCCUGCAUUUUUGGAUGUGAUCAACAGUUUGCUAGCGUCUGGUGAAAUCCCAGGACUUUACGCAAGUGACGAAUUAGAGUCGAUGAUGGGCACUCUGCGAGAAAUGGCUUCACAAGAUGGAUAUAUAGGAAGCCUUACAACCUACUUCGCGGAAAGAGUAAAAAAUAACUUGCAUGUGAUACUUGUAAUGGACUCUGGAGAUCCAAAUUUGAUUCAAAAUUGCGAGAGCAACCCAGCCAUUUACAAGUAUUGUACAAUUCAUUGGAGUGAUUAUUGGUUAGAGGAGAGCAUGACAAAAAUUUCCCAACAAAUUCUUACGACGUCUAGUGAAAUAUUAAAAGAUGAUGACGAAAUACAUUCGCACUUGCUCACUAUCCACAAAAGUGCACUUUCUUCGCUAGCAAAUCCAUACCGAUUUGUGUCGUUCGUUCGACUAUACCAUCACAUUUUCGUGCAAAAGAAAGAGGGAAUUCACAAAAGAAAAGAGAAAUUGAGUGCCGGCAUCGCGAAACUGACUGAGGCGCAGAAUGUGGUGAAGGAGCUGCGUGGAAAAGCAGAGAGACAAGAAAAAGAGCUUGCCCAUAAGCAAGCGGAAGCUUCCGCUGCCCUAAACAUGAUUUCCGAAACCAUGCAAGGCGCCAACACGCAAAAGGCAGAAAUGGAGACUUUGAAGACGCAGACAGUCAAGGAAAACGAGCAUCUGCUGGUCAGAAAAAAGGAAAUCGACAUGGAACUGGCAGAAAUCGAGCCUUUGGUGCAAGAAGCGCAGGCGGCUGUGGGAAAUAUUAAAACUGAAUCUUUGUCUGAAAUUCGGUCCCUCAGAGCACCGCCCGAGGUCAUCAGGGACAUUCUUGAGGGCGUUCUAAGGCUCAUGGGCAUUCAGGACACCUCUUGGAAUAGCAUGAAAAUUUUCUUAGCAAAACGAGGUGUAAAAGAAGAUAUCAAAACUUUCAAUGCCAGGAACAUUUCUGUUGACAGCAGAGUGGCUGUGGAGAAAUUGUUGAAAACGAAAAAGGAGUCGUUCGAAGAAAAAAAUGCGAAGCGGGCGUCUGUGGCCGCAGCGCCCUUGGCCUCUUGGGUGAUGGCGAAUGUAAAAUAUGCGGUGGUGCUUGAAAAAAUUAGACCAUUGGAAAGGGAGCAAGACAAAUUACAAAGAAAUAUGAAUGCAUUUGAAGCAAACAUAGGAAAAAUAAGCUCCGACUUGACCAAUGUGAACGAUCGCGUUGCUGAGUUAAAGGAAAAAUUGAACACUUUCACAAAGGAAGCUGCUGAAAUUGAGAUUCAUCUCACAAAAGCUAAGGAUACUUUGAAAGCCGCCGAAACUCUAGUGGGCAAACUCAUUGAUGAAUAUGAAAGAUGGAAAAGCCAGCUUCUAGAACUAUCUGACGACUUAAUAUCUUUACCCAUAAAAGCACUCAUCGCGGCAGCGUUUAUAAUAUACCUGCCAGCUCUUCCCGAGGAGCAACGAAGAGAAUCAUUGAAUUAUUGGAAGUCAAUAUUGAAAUUAGAGGAUUUUUCUUUGCAGUCUUUUUUGGCGACAGAGCAGCAAAUUCUUGUUUGGCAGUCAGAAAAUUUGCCAACAGAUGCAGUUUCCAUUGAAAACGCAAUUUCAACUUUGAACUCCAAGAUCAGGCCGUUAAUAAUUGACCCAACCUCUAAAGCCCUUGACUGGAUUCAGGAAAAUUUAAAAAGCAACACAGUUGAAGUUCUUGCCCAAAGUAAUGAGCGUUUUGCUACUUUGCUGGAGCUGGCUGUCAGAUUUGGAAAGGCUUUAGUAAUUCCAGAGGUAGACACAAUCAACCCAAUUUUAGUUCCUCUUAUAAAAGAGCAAUUCAUACACCAAGGUGCUCGAUGCAUGGUAAAAAUCGGCGAAAAACUCGUUGAUUACAACAAGGAUUUUCAGCUUUUCCUCGUGAGCAGAAACACCAGUCCACAUAUUUGCCAAAGUGUGGCAGCAGCCUUAACGGCAGUUAACUUUUCCACAACCCCGGCUGGUCUUUCGGAACAACUCUUAAGCAGCGCAUUAAAGCACGAUAAACCAGAGUUGGAAGUAAGACGCGGGGAACUGUUGAGAGAGGAGGAGAAGAAGAGAACGGAGUUGGAAAAACUGCAGGAAAAUUUGCUCGUUGAGCUAUCGUCGGCCCAGGGGGAUUUGCUCGAAAACAAAGAGCUUCUGAGUUCUUUGAAUGAGACCAAGGCAAGCAGCAUUGCUAUUUCCAACUCGCUACAGGAAUCGGGCAAAUUAAAGGAAAGCUUGCAAUCAGAAAGAGAGCUCUAUCGUCCGCUCGCAGAGUUUGCGAGCACUUUUUACUUUGCGAUUGCAAAAUUAUCGACUGUGAACGUUAUUUACAAUUUUUCCGUUUCUUUUUAUCUCAACUUGUUCAAUACUGCCUUGGAACAAACUGACAUCGAUGAAGAAACAGGCGAGCGCAUAAAAAGUGUAAAAAGACGCUUGACGCAACUCGUUUUUGAAAAGGUUGGCCGAUCCCUGUUCAAAAGUGACAUGAUUAUGUUUUCCAUGCACGCUGUACAUGCCAUUAUGCCAGAAUUAAUUCCCGAAGAGGAGUGGCUGUUAUUUAUUGGUCGGUCAACAGGAGACAUCAAAGAAUACGAAGUUCCCUCUUGGAUAAGUAAAGAACGCCACGGACAAGUAAAAAUGUUCAUUAGCAAUUUGCCUUCAAUAGGCACUCAAUUGAAUUUAGACGACCAAAAUGCAUGGAAGACGUUCAUGCAAAGCGCAGAAUGCGAAAGCAAUUUCCCUAGUCACACGCAAAAUUUGUCGCUUUUUGAAAAACUGCUCAUUAUACAAAUUUUGCGGCCUGACCGAUUAAGAACCAUGAUGAUUUUAUUUGCGCAAAGUUCACUGGGUCUCUCGGAUAUUUUCCCAAGCGCUUUGAGUCUCAAGAAACUUCUAGGAGAAACACAACCUGCCGAGCCAAUUUUACUUUUAUCACUGCCAGGAACCGAUCCUUCAAUUGAACUGAAAUCACUGGCGAGCAAUACAAUCGGGCAAAAUGCAUUCCAUGAAGUUGCUUUGGGCGAGGGGCAAAUUGAAGUGGCCGAAGCUUUGUUGGAAGACGCGUCGAUCAAUGGACACUGGUUGUGUCUGAAAAAUCUGCACCUAGUGUGCAAGUGGCUGCCCACUUUGGAAGCAAAACUGAAAUCGCUGCAGCCGCAUCAGGACUUCAGAUUGUGGCUCACGUGCCAACCACACCCGAAUUUGCCACCGGUUUUUCUCAAAUCGUGUUUGAAGAUUAUUUACGAGGCUCCGCAGGGCAUGAAGAGAAACUUGCAGCGGACGUUUGCUGGCUGGGGUCGAGAGGUCAUUGAAGCACCAAGCAAGCAGCCAGUUUUGCGCGCCCAGAUGCUUUUCGCUCUGGCCUGGCUGCACGCAGUCCUGCUUGAAAGAGCAACCUACGUGCCGCAGGGCUGGAGCGAGGCAUACGAUUUCAGCGAUGCCGAUCUCAAAGCUGCAACAUAUGUCGUAGAAACUUUAAUUAGCAGUGGUAGCAUCAAAUGGGAGUACAUUUACGGCCUGUUUGAAAACGUAGUUUAUGGUGGAAGAGUGAAAAACGAAUUUGAUAUGAAAGUCUUGGCCAUUCUAGUAAGAGAUUUUAUCAACUCUUCAGCGAUUGGCGGUAGAAACUCUUUCGGUCCUGGUAUUAAUUUGCCCAGCUCGGCCAAAUUUACGGACUCUCUUAACUGUAUUGCACAAUUGAGUGAUCACGACAGUCCUUUGUAUUUAAGUCUGCCAUCAAAUAUAAAUUCGUCUUGGCAAAUAACAACAAGCCAAUAUAGCAUAGAACAGCUUUUACAAUUAUCACGGUCUCAUUUCGUUUCAAAAAUUGAUAUUGAAAAGUGGGACAGCCUGCUGACGCCUAUAUUCAACGUGUGGAAGAAAAUUAACCAGGGCGUGGGAAUAAUUCAACUGAAAGUCACAGACGAAAGCACCAAAGCUGAUUCUGCUACUCCAAUUGAACAGUUUUGCGCAUUGGAAUGGAAACACGCAAUAGAGUUGGUUCAGAAAAUCCACAAAUCGCUCGCUGCCCUUAUGAAAGUCGUCAGAGGCGCUUUGGUGCCUAGCAGAGAAAUUGCUUAUCUCGCUAAAUCAAUAAUCGAGCACCAAACACCUCCCUCUUGGCUUAAGGACUGGGAAGGCCCUCCAGAACCCAUGCAAUUUGCUCGGACAGUCGUGUCCAAAGCUCAGUCAGUGCAGACCUGGAUGCAAAAAUGCAAGCAGGGGAUCUUGCUAAAAGAAAAUCUCAACCUUUCGGAAUUGUUCCACCCUGACAACUUUUUAAUUGCCUUAAAACAACAGACAGCUAGACAAUUUAAACUACCCCUCGUAGAUUUGCAACUAACAUCAAGUUUGACUGGGCAGUUGACCAGUGCGCAUUUGUCGGUAAAAGUGUCUGGUCUUUACAUUGAGGGCGCAAAUUUCGAUUCGGGAAUUCUGACUGCGGUAAAACCACAUUCACCUGCACUAAACGAAAUUCCAUCUUUCUAUUUUGCUUGGCUACCCAAAGGAUCUAUUGUAAAAUCGCAGCACCAUGUGAUAGUACCUGUGUACCAAUCAAUUAACAGGGAAAACCUAAUUUCAAGUUUAGAACUUCCAUGUUCGGGAUCAAAAUCACAGUGGAUUUGUGCUGGAGUAGCUUUGUUCCUUCAAUCACAGGAAUAAAAGAACAUGAAAAU